AUGUCCACUGCCACUUCGCCUGAACAAUUUCUCUCGCGGUUCGGGCUGAAGGAGUUUCGCCCGGGGCAGCGGGACGUGAUCGAUUCGGUGCUGACCGGCGAAGACUGUCUGUGCGUCAUGCCGACCGGCGGGGGGAAGAGCCUCUGCUACCAGUUGCCGGCAAUCGCCGGGGCGGGGCUCACACUGGUGGUCUCUCCGCUGAUUGCCCUGAUGAAAGAUCAGGUUGAUCAAUUGCAGGCGCUGGGGCUGCAGGCCACUUGCAUCAACAGCAUGCUAGGGGCCGACGAAGUCGAAGCCCGGCUGGAGGGCAUCGCCGCGGGCGAUUUCGAUUUGGUCUACGUUGCUCCCGAGCGGUUUCGCAGCGGGCGGUUUCUCGCGGCCCUCGCCCGGGCUGGAGUGGGUCGGCUGGCCAUCGAUGAGGCCCACUGCAUCAGCGAGUGGGGGCACGACUUCCGCCCCGACUACGCCCGGCUGGGUGACGUUCGCCAGCGGAUCGGCUCCCCGCCCACCAUCGCCCUCACAGCUACCGCCACGCAAACGGUUCGCGACGAUAUCGUGGCUCAACUGCAAUUGGCCGAACCGCGUGUGUACAUCACCGGCUUUGCCCGGGAGAACCUCUCUUACGAAGUAGCGUCGCCCGGCAGCCUGGUGCAGAAGCAGGCGCAUCUCAUCGAUUUUCUCCGCCAAACGCCCGGCUCGGGCAUCAUCUACGCUUCGACCCGCAAGCGGUGCGAAGAGGUGGCCGAGGUGAUCACCAGCGAGACCGAUCGCCGCACGACGGUCUACCACGCGGGCCUCGAUGUCGAGACUCGUCAACGGGCUCAAGAAGACUUCAUGACCGGGCGGUCUGAAAUCGUGGUGGCCACCAACGCCUUCGGCAUGGGCAUCGACAAACCCGACGUGCGAUUCGUCGUGCAUUACAACUUGCCCGGUACACUGGAGGCCUACUACCAGGAAGCCGGCCGCGCGGGCCGCGACGGGCUGCCCUCGCGCUGCCUGCUGCUGUACAACGCCGGCGACCGCUACAUCCAAGAGUUCUUCAUCGACACCUCGUACCCGCCGGCCGACGUGGUGGCCCAGGUCUACAACUAUCUGCGUAGCCUCACCGACGACCCCAUCGAGCAAACGCAGGAAGAGAUCAAGGCCGUGCUCGGGCUAUCGCUGGGGGCCGAAGCGGUGGGAAGUUGCGAACAGGUGCUCGAACGGGCCGGGGCGCUGCGACGUCUCGACUCGCGACAGAACAUGGCCGUGGUGCGGAUCGACAGCCAACUGCACACGCUGGUUGAUGUACUGCCUCGCACCGCAAAGGUUCGCCGAAGGGUGAUGCAAGCCAUCGAACAGGUGGUCGGUCCACGGCGGGGCGAAGACGUCUAUUUCAGUCCGCAGUCGCUCGCCGAGCGGCUCGACAUGACGCCCACCGCGUUGUCGCGAACCCUACGCGAACUGCGCGAGGUGGGUGGUUUUACUUAUGUCCCUCCGUUUCGCGGGCGUGCCAUUCAACUGCUCGCGCGCGAGCGGACCCUGCAGGAACUGAACCUCGACCUGCGAGCCUUGGAGGAGCGGCGACAAGCCGAGCAUGACAAGCUGCGACGGGUAAUGGAGUUCGCCCGCAGUCGCCAGUGCCGGCAGUUGAUCGUGCUGGAAUACUUCGGCGACCCGGAGGCGGCCAUCUGUGGCCGUUGCGAUAACUGCCUGGCAACCAAGAAGUCGGGCCCUCAAGCUGCGGCUGCCACGUCGCCGGGCGCGGUGAUGCUGUUGCAGAUUGCACUCUCUGGCGUGAUGCGAUGUUCGGAACGGUUUGGCAAACAGGUCAUCGCCCAAAUGCUGUGUGGUUCGGCCUCCAGCAAGAUGAAGAAACUUCGCCUGGAGGGGCUCUCCACCUUCGGACUGCUGAGCGAAUUGAAGCAGACCGACGUCGCUGAACUGCUCGAUUGGUUGAUCGGCGUUGACUAUGUCGAGCAGGUCGAGCACGAACGCUUCCGCCCUGUGCUGGCGGUGACCGACUCGGGCAAGGAAGUUUUGCAAGACGCCGCAAAGUGCGACAUUGAUAUUCCGGCCAAGUUCGCGGCCCUCAGCACCCGCGUGGCACGCAUUGUUCAAAGCGCGGGCACCGACGCAGCCGAGGAAAGCACCUCGAUUGAAGAAUCGAUGGCAGAGUCGCAACUGUUGGGUCAACUUCAGAAGUGGCGACGCGACCUGGCCGAAACGCAAAAGGUGCCGGCUUACCGCAUCGUGACCAACGCCACCAUUUCAGAAUUGGCCCAACACCGCCCUACAACCAUUGACGAACUCUCGCAAAUCUCGGGUAUCGGGCCGGCCAAGCUCGAUCAAUACGGCGAUGCUCUACUGGAGCUGUUGAACCCCGCAGCGGAAACCGAUGCACCGGCAGAGGAAGAGCCGGUGGAAGCUGCGGCCCCCGUUGUCACAGAACCCGAGGAGGUAACAGCCGACGCAGAAGUAGAGCCGGUGAAAACUACUACUCCUGUUGAGGAGCCAGCUUCACCGCAAUUAUCGUUCACCGACUUCGAUGAGGCCCAGGCGAUGGCCUCCGUAUCGUAUGAGGAAGAGGCCUACGAUUACGAGGCCGCCCCUGCGGAAGAUCUGUUCGAAGACGAAAGCGAGCCUCAUGAAGAGGCCGGUCCUCACUACUGGACGUGGCGACUGCUGCACGAUGGGUUCACAGUCGAAGAGUGUGCAACGAUCCGCCGGAUGGAAAUCUCCGAGGUGAUUCGCCAUACGUCUCGCGCGAUGCGGGCCGGCUGGCGGGUGGAAGCCGAAUGGUUGAUGCCGCCAGCGAGACUCGCCCGACUGGCGGAGUUGCCGAACUCCCCCGCACGGCUCGAUCUGGUUCGCCUGCAGAUGGAAAUGCCGGAAAUCGACGUGAAACGGUUGGAACUGGGCUACGUGAUGAAACAGAUGACGCAUUCAGUGGGGAAGUGUUUCGCGGCGGUCGCCCUGUUGCUUACCACAAGUCUUGCGCCCGCGCCGGCGCGGGCCGAUCACGCUGAUGACCUUGCCGAGCAAGUGACCAUCCGCCGCACGGAGUAUGGCGUUCCGCACAUCGAAGCCCCCACGCUGGAAGCGGUUUCUUUUGGCUUGGCCUACUGUCAGGCAGAAGAUCAUCUGUUGAACAUCAUGCACAGUUUGCUGCGUGCACGCGGCGAACUGGCGGCCACGUUCGGCGGUGAGGACAACGUGCAGUCGGACCUGUGGGUGCGGCAGUUUCGUGUGCCAGAACGAGCGGCCGAAACCUUUCACAAGUUGGACCCCGACUUCCGCAGCAUGCUCGUCGGUUAUGCCGAGGGAUUGAACUACUACGUCGAACACCAUCGCGACGAAGUGACUGAGUGGGUUCCCACGGUAACGCCGCACGAUGUGGCAGCCCAUGGGCUGACGGGGGUGGCACGCUUUGCGUUCGAUCGAGGGCGGAUUGUCGAAGGGUUUUUGCGGCAGCAGCAGGCCGUCACCCAGUCGCUGCGCCCGAUGCUCGAUGAGCGGGAGACGGGCUCGAACAUGAUCGCCCUGGCCCCGUCGCGAACCACCUCGGGCCAUGCCAUGUUGCUGGGCAAUCCACACCAGCCCUGGUCGCAGGUGGCCACCUAUUACGAAGCCCAUCUCACGGUGCCCGACGUUCUCGAUUUUUACGGCUCAACGUUCGUCGGGCGUCCGGUGCUUACCACCGGGUUCAACCACAACCUGGGUUGGUCACACACGGUGAACUACCCCGACCUGGAGGAGAUCUACGCUCUAGAUGUCGAUCCAGAUUCGCCGCACCGUUAUCUGUUUGAUGGGGCCUCGGUGCCGAUCGAGGAAUCACAAGUAACCAUCCCGGUGAAUGUUCGCGGAGAAACCCGUUAUCGAGAAGCCACGUUCUGGUACACGCCGCUGGGACCGGUGAUUCACCGUACGCCCGAGAGGAUCUAUGUCCUUCGUUCGUCGGCGUACGACGAGUUUCGCUUCUAUCAGCAGUGGUUGCGGCUGGCCCAGGCCCAGAACUUCGAGCAGUUUCAGGAGGCUCUGCGGAUUGGGGCCAUCCCGAUGUUCAACAUUUGUUAUGCCGAUCGUGAGGGGAACAUCUUCUACCUGUGGAACGGCGCGGUGCCGAAGUUACCUCACGCGGCGCAUACGAUUGAGCCGGUCGAGGCUCGUGCUUCGGACGAUGUGUGGACGGAGUUUCACUCGGUUGAAGAACUCCCCCAGUUGCUCAACCCCAAGGGCGGCUACGUGCAGAACUGUAACUCGCCGCCGUAUUUCACGAAUUUGUACGAACCGCUGAAGCGAAGCGACUUCCCGCAGUACUUUCCCGAUGAUUAUCUGGGACUGCGGACACAACAUUGUUUGUCAUUAGUGCACAACGAUCAGAAGUUCUCGCUGGAAGAUUUGGUCGCGGCGAAGUACAGCCCGCGGAUGUUGUUGGCCGAGCGACUGAAGGAUGACUUGCUCGCGACGAUCAACGCGAAGCAGCCCUCCGGCGAAGUGGCCGAAGCGGUGCAACUGUUGAAGAACUGGGACAACACCGCUGGGGCCGAAACCCGGGGGAGUGUGCUGUUCGCCACGUGGUGGAACCAUUAUUCGCCCGAUGGUCGCUUUCGUGGUUUCGCCGAAGGCUGGAGCGAUCAAGCACCGGUCGACACACCGCGGGGGAUCGAGAACCCGGCCCGGGCGAUGGCGGCCCUUGUUACUGCAAUGAGCGAGGUGGAAGAUCGCUAUGGCAGUUGGGACGUGGCCUGGGGCGAAGUGCACCGUCUGCGGCAGGGCGAAGUGGAUCUGCCCGUCUCCGGCGGCAGUGGAUUCCUGGGCUGCUUUCGCGUGCUGGGUUUCAGUAACGCGGAGGACGGCAAACAGGUGGUAAGCGGUGGAGAUAGUUGGGUCUUCGCCGUCGAAUUUGGUGAUGAGCCGAAGGCCUACACCGUCGUCGGCUAUAGCCAGAGCGAGGAUCCGCAGUCGCCGCAUUUCAACGAUCAGGCCGAGCUGUUCGCCACGGGCCGCAUGAAGCCGGCGGCAUUCACGCCCGCCCAGAUCGAGGCCACUUUGCUGAGGGAAUACACCCCGGCUGAGGACGUGGCUGAAUAA